CUCUUUUGUAUAAUAGUUUAUUCAAGUUGGAUUACUUGUCUCUCUGUUUUAAAAAGAUUGCAUGCAAUGGAGGGUGGUGUUCAUAAACCGGAUAAAACAGAAUUCAGAGAAUGCUGUUUGACAACUUGGAAGCAGCCUUACAUCAUGCGUCUCGCCCUAUCUGCAGGCAUUGGAGGAUUCCUCUUUGGCUAUGACACUGGAGUCAUAUCUGGUGCACUUCUUUUUAUUCGAGAUGAUUUUCAAUCUGUUGAUAGGAAUACAGUUUUGCAAGAAACCAUUGUAAGUAUGGCCGUCGCAGGAGCUAUAGUUGGUGCUGCACUUGGCGGACUGACGAAUGACAAGCUUGGACGGAGAUAUUCGAUCUUAAUAGCUGAUUUUUUGUUCCUAGUUGGUGCAAUAAUCAUGGCUCUUGCUUGGGCUCCAUGGGUGAUACUUUUGGGGAGGAUAUUUGUGGGAUUAGGAGUUGGAAUGGCUUCCAUGACUACACCUCUAUAUAUUUCAGAAGUUUCUCCUGCUAGAAUUAGAGGUGCCCUUGUUAGCACAAAUGGUUUGCUACUAACAGGAGGCCAAUUUUUGUCAAACCUUCUUAAUCUUGGUUUCACCAAGGUACCGGGAACCUGGCGUUGGAUGCUUGGAGUUGCAGCAGUUCCAGCUUUUGUUCAAUUCAUAUUGAUGUGGCUACUUCCAGAAUCCCCUAGGUGGCUCUAUAGAAAGAAUAAAAAAAUAGAAGCUAUCAAAAUUUUAAGGAAAAUAUAUCACCCUGAAGAAGUAGACAGUGAAGUAGAAGCUUUGCGGUUAUCAAUUGAAGCUGAAAUAGCAGAGGAAUCUUCCAUUGGCAAAGGAAACAUUUUCAGUAAAAUAAGAAAUGCAUGGAGUAAUGUGCUAGUCCGCAGAGGACUUAUCGCGGGGGUUGGUAUUCAAGUGGCUCAGCAAUUUGUGGGUAUCAAUACAGUUAUGUAUUAUAGUCCAACCAUAGUUCAGUUGGCUGGCUUUGCUUCGAACAAUACAGCAUUAGCGCUCUCUCUCAUUACAUCAGGUCUCAAUGCUGUCGGUACCCUUUUAUUGAUAUUCCUUGUAGAUAGAUUUGGAAGGAGGAGGUUGCUUAUCAUCAGUACAAUUGGAAUGGUGACUUCCCUUGUGAUGUUGUUCGUGGUUUUUGAUCAAGCUUCGAUCCAUGCUCCUAUGGUUAGUGAAUUAGAGUCCUCCCAUUUUGGCCUGAAUGCUACAUGUUCAGGUUACUCGACUGCCAAUGAUGCAUUGUCUUGGAACUGCAUGAAUUGCUUGAAGGCUUCUUCGGUGUGUGGUUUUUGUGCUAAUGGAGUUUACAAAGUUAAUCCAGGUGCAUGUCUAGCUUCGAAUACAAUUACAAAAAGCGACUGUCAUGGGGAGAAUCGUGAAUGGUUCACUAGAGGAUGCCCAAGCAAUUUUGGCAUCGUCGCAAUACUCGGCUUAGCAUUCUAUAUCAUUGCUUAUUCACCAGGGAUGGGAACCGUUCCAUGGAUCAUAAACUCAGAAAUAUACCCCUUGAAAUAUAGAGGCCUUUGUGGUGGAAUGGCUGCAAUGGCUAAUUGGAUUUCAAACCUCAUUGUGAGCCAGUCAUUCUUAACUUUAACUCAUGCCCUUGGCUCUGCCAAAACUUUUCUGUUAUUUGGUUGCUUUGCUUUCAUUGCAUUGUUCUUCAUCUAUUUCUUUGUUCCGGAAACCAAAGGAUUGCCAUUUGAGGAGGUUGAAAAAAUGCUUAAAGGAGGCUUCAAACCUUGGCCCUUGAAUAAGGUCUGUUUGGGUGAACUCCAACAAAAAGAAGAAAAAGAAGAGAAGGGGACAGUGCAAAGUUUGGAGCAGACUCACUAAU